AUGGACAAGACCAAAUCUGAGCAGCUCCUAAACAUAGGUUGUCAGCCAUGUUCGCGUCACAAGAGGCGACAUCUCGCGGUGUCCUGGUGCGUCAACUGCCAGGAAGCUAUGUGCACGGAAUGCACAGAGGCUCACGAGGUGCUCACGAUGCGCUCGUCUCACGACAUAAAACCGCUGUCCGUACUCGACCUAAAGAAGCUGAGCGAACAAGUGUCCGAAGAUUUGUGUCACAUCCACAGCAACGAAGUUCUGAAGCUCUUCUGUGAACGCUGCGAGGAGGUUCUAUGUUCGGCUUGUUAUGGCCUGCGACAUCGGAAGUGCGAUAGGGUCGUCUCCGUGAAAGACAUUGUCCGUGUUAAGAAAGAGGAAUGUUGGAAGAUGAAGCGAAACCUGGAGAUCAAGAAACGCGAAACUGAGAAACUCAUGAAUGACUUGCAGAAGAAGAAAGAAAAAACUGUCGCGAGUAAAGAAUCGAUCGUGCGAGAUUUGAGGAGUAUAAGGCUGGCCAUGGAAAAGAUGCUGGAAGUAAAAGAGAAGACUUCAGUCGAGCAAGUAGAGAAACUACACGGGGAAAGACAAAAUCAAUUAGAUACUCUCCUUAAACAAGGAGAGUGCCUUUUAAGUUCUGUUAUUACUUCCAUUGAAUAUCUCCGUUCUUCUGCAGAGUCUAAGAAGGAUACGGAAUUUCUUCGCGUCUAUCACAACAUCAAAGCGGCUGCUUCAAAGCUGUGGAACUCGUCCAUUUGUAACGGCGAAAAGGUCUCCAGUAGCCUUUCUUUCGUGCCCAGCUCAAACUUCAUUUAUUGUUUUAGAAAACUUCAAGAUUCUUCUCUAGGAGAGGGAGUCUUGACGGACUCUUCUCAAAAUCAGUCCUUAUCUGCCAGUCUCGAUGUCCAAGAGACGAAGCACGAAAGCGAUGACGUAAUCACAAAGUGGAUUCUUACGCCGCCAAUUCGACAGUCCCCCAGCAAACGUCGUCAACCGCCAACAAAAAUUCUCGAGAAAGUAGGCGAGUUCUCUGUCAAGAUAGACAACGACUCUUCUUGCCAAAUAGACGACCUCUUGGUUUUAAAAGAUGGCAGCUUACUUGUCACUGACUGGGCUAAUGAAAAGGUGAAAAAGUUCUCUGUGAACGGAGAGUUUCUAGACCAGUUGAUGGUGGGCUCUUGGCCCUGUAAAAUCAGCUCCCUGACCGAAGAUCGUGUAGUAAUUACACUCCCGAGGACCAAAGAAAUCUCUUACCUCUGCCACAAAGUUCCAAUGAAGAUCACGAAAAUGGUGUCUGAAAAGCGAUACUACGGCAUCGCUGCCUUGCAAGGUGGUUUUUUGGCCUGUUCGACUUAUUCCCCGCCGCAAAUAGACAUCCUGACCAUACGAGCUGAAAUAGUCUCGUCUAUUUCCAAUGAUGUCCUAAGUCAACAGCUUCUACUUUGGCCACAUUACCUAGCAACCACGAGAUCAGGUGACUUGCUAAUUUCGGACUAUUGUAGAAAAUGUCUUAUCUGCGUGGAUGCUACAAAUGAGAAACUAAAGUUUGUCUACAAAUGUGAUGGUGAAUCUUCAUUCAGCCCUGGUGGAGUCGCUGUCGGCCAUGACGGUACAAUAUUUGUGGCAGACACCCGGCAGAACAAGGUCUAUAAAUUCAACGAAGACGGCGAAUUGACGGCCCUUUUUCUUUCUUUGAGUACCGGCAAUUAUAAGCAAACGGGGAUAACAGUUGGUAAAGCUGGUACUCUAUUCGUGAGCGAGGAAGCUCCUUCCGACAGUGUCAAGGCUUAUCAUGUCUGA